ACGUUUGUAUAUAAGUAUCAAUUCACGAAUGAGAGGCAUCACACAUGACUGCACGAUAAUCAAUAUCACAUACAAAAACGAUGACAGCCGAAGCUGACCAAUCGACAACAUAGAGACAGAAGCGAGGCUAGCACUCGCGACCAAUCACGCGACGCCAAGAACGCAGGAGCCAAUCAGAGCCGAGUGCCCUGGCCUAUAUAAGGAGCGGAGGGCGGGUGAGGAUUCCAGUGAGAUCCAAGACCUCAAAGCAGCAAGUGCCAUGGCGAGCUGGAUGUUGGUGGCCCUGGUGGUGUCCUGUGUGCUGGUGGGCAGCGUCACUCCUCAGAUCACGUUCUCCAGGUCCUGGGUGCCACAGGGGAAGAGGUCCUCCUCCCCUGGUGACAUCCCCGAGCCCCUGGACCCCUGCAGGGACGCCAGAGCGGCCACCCUCACAUCCCUUGCUGGUCACCUCUUGGAUAUGAUGAACGACGUGGCAGCAGCUGACCACCGCCCCUUGCCCGACGACGGCACCACAGCACUCAGGUUCAGGAACGCCAUACUGGGCAGGCGUCGCCGCGUGGCAUAGAGGGGAACCAAAGCACUCUUGUCUCAACGCCUCACGCACUCAGUGAAGAGGUGACUGGUCGCUCAAAACACACCUCUGUCCGCAAGACAGGGAGCAGAGAAAGAGAAAAGGAUUAACUUGGACAUUUGAAAACUGUAAAGAGAAAUACAUAGAUGUGUGUGUGUGCGUGUGUGUGAAGGCAUUAUUGCUCACCUAAUAAUUAAUAUUUUUUUACGAUUUAAUCUUUUUUUAUAUUUAUGACACACACACACACACACACACACACACACACACACAUACACACAUACACACACACACACACACAUACACACACACAUACAAGGUAAAAACUAAAUUUACGAUAAAGCAUCAUACUUAACAUGUUAUAACUUUUGUACUUUGGCAACAAAUGAAGGCCCUGAGGCGAGGCAGAGAGGAGCGAGAGAGUGUCAAGCGAGCAUCCAAUAAAGAGUUCAUCUGUACACACUGUUUGGGUAUCCGUGAUUGUUGUUGUUGUUGUUGUUGUUGUUGUUGUUGUUGGUGGUGGUGGUGGUGGUGGUGGUGGUGUGUGUGUGUGUGUGUGUGUGUGUUCAUGCAGGAGACCCACUGGUGAAGGCCAAUGAAAAAAUGGAAAAGGCUCCUAUGAGUACCAGUUUACAAAGAGAAGGCAAAUGGAAUAACAAAAAAUUGAAGGAUAAGCGUCUUUAAACCUCCCUCUUGAAAGAGUUCAAAUCAUAGGAAGGUGGAAAUACAGAAGCAGGCAGGGAGUUCCAGAGUUUACCAGAGAAAGGGAUGACUCAUUAUGAAUACUGGUUAACUCUUGCAUUAUCGACGUGGACAGAAGAGAGGUAAGGGAAAGUAGAAAGUCUUGUGCAGCGAGACCGUGGGAGGAGGAGAGGCAUGCAGUUAGCAAGGUCAGAAGAACAUUUAGCGUAAAACAGCUGUAGAAGAUAGCAAGAGAUGCAACAUUGAGGUGAUGAGACAUAGGCUAAGAACAGUCAGUUAGAGGAGAGGGGUUGAUAAGACAAAAUGCUUUUUAUUCAUCCUAUCUAAAAGAACGGUAUGAGGAGAAUCUCCCUUAUAUGAAGCUUACUCCAUACAUGGACGGAUAAGGGCCAUGUACAGAGUUAGCAGCUAGGGGACGGGAUGAGAAAAACUGGUGGAGACGACUCAGAACACCUAACUUCAUAGAAGCUGUUUUAGCCAGGGAUAAGAUGUGAGGUUUCUAGUUUAGACUAUAAGUAAAGGACAGACCAAAGAUUUUCGGUGUAGAAUAGGGGACAGUUGAGUGUCAAUGAAAAAGAGGGGAUAGUUAUCUGAAUGGUUGUGUUAAGUUGAUAGAUGGACGAAUUGAGCUUUUGAGGCAUUGAACAAUACUAAGUUUGCUCUGCUCCAGUCAGAAAUUUUAAAGAGAUCAGAAGGCGUUCUGUGGCUUUCCUGCAGGAGCUUUUUGCUUCCUGAAGGGCUGGACGUCUACGAAAAGAUGUGGAAAAGUGCAGGGUGGUAUCAUCAGCGCAGGAGUGGCUAUGACAAGAAGUUUGGCUUAGAAGAUCAUUGAUGAGUAAUAGGAAGAGAAUAGAUUAGAGGCCAGAAUCCUGAGGAACACCACUUAAUACCCUUGGGAGAUGAACAGUGACCGUCUACCACAGCAGCAAUAGAACGGUCGGAAAAGAAACUUGAGAUGAUGUUACAGAGAGGAUAGAAGCCGUAGGAAGGUAGUUUUGAAAUCAAAGUUUUGAGCCAGGCUCUAUCAAAAACUUUUGAUAUGUCUAAGGCAAUGGCAAACGUUUCACCAAAAUCCCUAAAAGAGGAUCACCAAGACUCAGUAAGGAAAGCCAGAAGAUCACUAGUAGAGCUGCCAUCCUUGAACCCAUACUGGCGAUCAGAUAGAAGUAUGUAAAGUGAUUGAUGCUUAAGAAUCUUCUUCUUUAGGAUAGACUCAAAACUUUAGAGAGGCAGGAAAUCAAAGUAAUAGGGAGGAAGUUUAAGGGACAAGAGCAGUCAUCUUUUUUUAGGAACAGGCUGAAGGUAUGCAAGCUUCCAGCAGGAAGCAGAGGUAGAUGUUGCCUGACAGAGUUGGAUGAGCUAGGAGGCAUCAUCCUACCCCUGAUAAAGUAACGGAACCUGACGUAAGCACUGAAAACAAAGGGAAAACUGGCCACUUUGGGGAUAAAUUUCAUAAAAAAAACAUUACGAGUUGCAGCAGGGAAGGUCUCUCACCCAAGCACACUCAUGUGUUUCUAAUGCAUUGACUAUAGAUCUAAAAUAGUUAAUAUUUUUAGUUACUUUAUUGCAGUAAAAUAGGUAACCUGAUUUGUUAUCAUUAUAAUACGUGUUUCACCAAAGGCAUGCACAGUAACACAUCAAAACAAAUAAAAAUGUUAUACAAUAUGUGGCUCAAUAAUACAAUACAUAUUUCUUAACAACACUAAAGAAUCUGACCUAAAGUCCUUGUUGCUCUGUAAUUCCAUAAUAUCCAUAAUAGUAAAUUAUUCAGUGCACUUCAAGAACACAUCAGCAGCAGCACCGAUGGGAGGACAGAAACUGAAAUCUGACACUGAACGUUUGUGCGUCAUGGCGAAGAGAUUUGAAGGAAGAUUCAGACAUGUUACUACUUCUGCAUGGCAUGACCGUGUAAAAAGCAAGUUUGUCAACACGUUAACAACAGACAUGACUCUCGCUGGCAGCACACGUCACCAGCUUCCCCAGAAGUGACACAUGAUAACAUGUCCAUGCCAGGAAACACUGAUUGCAAACAAAGUUUCCAAAUUGUUUGGAAACAUUUUGGAAACACUUCUGAAACAUUUUGAAAACUGCAUUUUGAAAACACUUUGGAAAAAUUUUGGAAACAUUUCGGAAACAUUCUGGAAACAGCUUGAAAACCAU